GCAGCCCCGCGCCGGCAGCGGGGGAGAGGCAAGAUGGCGGCCUCCUGGUGGAGGAGCGGCGGCGCCGGUGUGCUGAGGCUGCUGCGAGGUGGGCGGCCGGUGCUGGGCGCUGGGCUGUCCUUGCCCGCCCGGGGAGGCUGGAGGCUCCUGCACGGCACCCAGGAGCUGCUGGGUACACCUGCAAUUAAAGUUUUCAUGCCUGCACUUUCUCCUACAAUGGAAGAAGGAAACAUUGUGAAAUGGUUAAAGAAGGAAGGUGAAAUGGUGAAUGUUGGAGAUGCACUGUGUGAAAUUGAAACAGACAAAGCGGUGGUUACCAUGGAAUCGAGCGACGAUGGCAUAUUGGCAAAAAUACUGGUAGAAGAAGGAAGCAAAAAUGUACGCUUGGGUUCCCUAAUUGGUCUGCUGGUAGAAGAAGGACAGGACUGGAAGCAGGUUGAAAUACCAGCUGAUGCUAAUGAUCCAUCUUCUCUGGCACCACCAGCAGCUGCUGUUACCUCAACUCCUGCAGGUCCUUCAGUUUCAGCCCCUCCUAAAGUGGAACAUCAACCUGGGAAGUUGCAGUUUCGCUUAAGUCCUGCAGCUCGCAACAUUGUGGAGACACAUGGGCUAGAUCCAAGCAGUAUUCUACCUUCUGGGCCUCGAGGAAUCUUCACUAAAGAGGAUGCUCUUAAACUUCUGCAAGGGAAGCAGAAGGGUAAACCCAGUGAACUGAAACCUGUGGUCUCUCCAGCUACUCCUCAGCCUACUGCAGUGCCUUCUGCUUUGCCGGCAACAGCUGUGGCUUCUGCUUAUCCAAGGCCGAUAGUUCCACCAAUUUCCACUCCAGGACAACCUGCUGCACCGGGCACGUUCACAGAAAUACCAGCUAGCAACAUCCGAAGAGUUAUUGCGAAGAGAUUAACAGAGUCUAAAACUACUAUACCUCAUGCAUAUGCUGCUGCUGACUGUGCCAUUGAUGCUAUUUUGAAAUUAAGAAGUGAAUUGGCCAAAGAUGACAUUAAAGUAUCUGUAAAUGAUUUUAUUAUCAAGGCAGCAGCAGUUACUCUGAAGCAAAUGCCAUAUGUGAAUGCAACAUGGGAUGGAGAAGGCUGCAGGCAGCUGCAGUCCAUUGACAUUUCUAUUGCUGUGGCAACAGACCGAGGUCUCAUUACACCAGUCAUAAAAGAUGUUCCUGCUAAAGGAAUAGCGGAAAUUGCUGCCUCUGCAAAGGCUCUGGCAAAGAAAGCAAGAGAUGGAAAGCUGUUACCUGAAGAGUACCAGGGAGGAUCUUUCAGUAUAUCCAAUCUAGGUAUGUUCGGCAUCAACGAUUUCAGUGCAGUCAUAAACCCUCCCCAGGCCUGCAUCCUAGCUGUGGGUCGAGCAAGACCAGAGCUCAAGAUUGUGGAAGAUGAAGAAGGGAAUGAGGAACUUAAGCAGCAUCAGCUCAUGACAGUGACUCUCUCAAGUGAUGGUCGUGUGGUAGAUGAUGAACUGGCCUCAAAGUUUCUGGAAACCUUGAAAGCCAACAUUGAGAAUCCAAUACGACUUGCAUUGUGUUGAACUCAGUGAAGAUUGCUUCCUGUUUUGACAGCACAGAACUCUGUUACAGAAAACAACCCCAAGUAAGAAUAGAGGGGAGUAAAUAGUGUGAGAUAGGCAGUUAAAUAUUUAAUUUAUUGAAUUAACAGGGAAAAUACAGAUUUUCAUUCUUUUAGUAAUUUUCAGUGACCAGUUUUUAUAUUGUAAAGCUAAAGACCUUAAAGCUAGCAUACUACAUUUAUUUAAACAUUCAAUACAAAUAGCGCAAUGUGUGCACAGAAAUUAAAUUUCCUCUGUAAAGAAAAACUUGCUAAAAAAUAUUUAAAUUUAAAAGGGAACGAAGUGCUUUAAGGGCUAAGUAUCUAGAUUUUACAGCGAGGUAAGCAGAAACUGUAAUUAAACAAUAUGCUGCUAUGAGUCCUGAUCAAUACUGAGGUUCUGGAGUAGCUAACUUACAUUUCUUUAGUAGUUUUUUCAGUUUGCAAAAGGCUUUCCUGGCAUGUUUUACUAUCCGAAUUAGAUUGCAGUAAGGUUUAUGAAAUUUCAACAAAGAUUUCAAUGGAUUCCUCCAUAAGAGCAAAAAAGUUAUAAACCAGGUCAAGAUUUUGCUUAGUUUCAUUUACGUAGCAGAUUCAGCUGUUCUUUAUCUUCUUUACUCUAAGCUGCACUGGGCAAAGCAAGAUGACUGUGGAGAUGAAUGGGGAAGAGAAAUGACAGGAAAUUUGGAGAAAGACUAAAUUAGAUCUUAGAUAAAAAAUGUAAUUUCUCAAAAUAUGAAGUAACCUGGUAGAAUCUGCAGCUGCAUUCAUAUAAUUAGAGCUCAUUAAUGCACAUUUAAACAGUAGCUGCAUCUAUCUUUUUUCAGUAUUAAGAUUGCUGCCUGAUUUCAUACUGUGCAGAGGGCAGAGACAAGAAUAAGCUUGUCUGAAAGGGAUGAUAUCCCACUGAUUUUAGUUCUAGAUUUCAUUGAUUUUAGUUUCAUGUAACCAACAUUUGGGAAAAACAGAAUUUUGUACAGAAGUUAAUUACUAAUAUGUUUUCUUUGGCUUAAUUAAAAAAACUUUGAAUUUAGCAGCUGUCCCAAUUCAGAAAUCUUCACUACCACAAAAUAUGAAAAAUAUUGUUUUCAGGUGUUCAGAGACAUACUGUGGUUAACUUAAAACCCAAGAUAAUUGUGCCAGCACUAUUAUGAUGGGGGGAAAAAACUGGCUUUAAUCAGAAGUUCCAGUAUAAAAGGUCAGUUUUUGCACUCUGAAAAUUUGCUGAUUAAUUCUUUUCUUUCAAUACAUUAAUGAUGUAGGUACAAAAUAUUUCAUUAUUCAAUUCAAUGUGUGUCUAACAGUAACUCAGCUGGAGGAAUAUGUUCAGUGGCAUGAGGCUGAAGUGAACAGUUUUCUUCCUAUAGAUAAAUAUGGAACCUCGUGUUGUAUGUGUUUGUAAUGAACUGCAUUUACAGAACCUGAUGAUAAUAUAAAUUCAGUUGAAUUCUGAUAGUCUGUAUUAUUCUGGUUGUUUUUAAGUUUUGGCUUUUUACUGACUUGUAGGACUUGUUUAUUGAGCUGCUGCCAUAAUUAAAAAGAUAAUUGCAAGACAAAAGCUUUAGUUAAUACUGAGUUCAGAGUUUUCACUAAAUGCGUUUACUACUUUGUCUUAUUCUGAUGCCAUAAAUUUCCUAAAAUGGUAAUCUAACAGUAGGGAGGAAAGAAUCUUCUGAUUACCAAGUGUCAAUGGUUUAUGGGCAUUUGGCCUGGUUCUGUGACGAAGGGGACUGGGCACCCAUGGGCCCAUGCCCUGGGAAAAGGGUAAGGAGCUGGCCCUGAGAGCAAAGAACAGCAGCAACAAUCUGAGGAGAAACAAACUAAUUUACUAAAUAAGAUAUCGGAAUGCAAAACAACACUAUAAUACAGUAUAAUUACAAUUUAAGCUGAUAAAUCCAAUACAGAGAGAGAGAAUUGCCCAAAAUCAAGGCAGGCCUUACUGUACUACCAACAAUUAGAUGGCUGGGGAGCGAGGUGCUGCUAAGACGAGAGAUGGGCGGAAGAAGGGACAAGGUCUCGUGAUCUGCAAGUUUUUAUCUUUUCCCUCUGGCUGGAAAUGGUAACAGAGGAGCAAAGUACCGUGGGGACUGUAGUAGUCCUUCUCUUCUGAGAACCAGGUACAUACACUACAUGAUGCUAUGAUGUGGAAUACCAAUAACCAAAAAUCACAAAACCAUGACACCAAGUUUAGUCAACUGUGUAAUAAUGGACAUAUUCAUUCAUUAGUGUUUCCAGGAGUUCUUCACUGAUCAAUUAUAUUCAAGAUUGUGUGCUGAAGAUGGAUUUUUUUUCUCAAUAGUGUUGGUGUGUGAACCUCUGCACUUCUAUAAUCCCUGACUGGCCAUAGCUAAGGGCUGCGUGACUGAUUUGUAUAUAGAACUGUAAUUCUGUGUGUUUGUGUUCAUGUAGUGCAAGUAGGUGUAUUACUUUCUGUUUGGAGCCACUGAAAGGCACUGUUGUGUAUGUAUAUCAUUUAUUGUGUUGUUUCAUUUGUGUGAGUGCUAACACUUUCCCUGUUUAACACAAAUAGGUGAAGACAAUGCAACUUCUUUUCCGGGUUAAGUAAACUUGAAACCUGUUUUGAACAGGGCAAAUCUGUCAGUAAGGCUAAUACAAGUUUUAAGUCUGUUUUCUUUAUGUAUGCCUGCUUGCCAGCCUUGUCAUUUAAUAGAAAAAGCAUGUGUGUGAUUUGUCAGCCAUCAGCCUGUGAAGGACCUCUCUGGAAUUAAGUCAUGUUACAGUAGCAGACAGAUAAAUGCCUUUCCUUAAGUAAUUGUACCAGUCAACAAUAUCUACAGCUUUUGCAGAAGUGAGAUAUUAGUUGCUCAUACUGAUUAAAAUAAAACAAUGACUCUCUUCAUGGAGAAUUCAAUAAUUUGGUAAUGAGGGCAAUGGUUGAAAUGGCCUGGGAAAUGGGCCAUGUAAAAUGCUUAUGCUUACAUUUGAAGCAAGUUUGCCUUGGAGUAAAAAUUUCACAGAUGAAAAUACAAGUUUCCAUGUUUUAUUCCUUAAAAGAGAUGUUGGCAGAUGUCAUUCUAGGUACCUGAGCAAGGAAUACCUUGAAAACCUCUCUUUUCUUGAGUUAAAGUGCUAAAGAUUGAAAUUUGAGGUCUGUGCUGUUGUUAGUCAGGAAAUGUCUGCCUUCCGGAUAUGCUUGGUGAAAACUGCUUUCUUCAUAUGAUUUUCCUUUGGAAGGGGCAUAGUUUAAAAAACUAAAUGAUAGCUAUUUUGGAUGUUGUGAUUGUUGGUAAGUCAUGAACUGUGUGUGUUUUACUUCAAUCCCUAAUUCUACUCUCAGAAUCUUUGAUUAUUUUUUUUCUGCUAUGUGUUCCUUUUGCAAUAAAAUUUCUGGAAUUAA